AUACUUCAUUGAUUGGAAGAAUGAUGUGGACAGCUACUUCACAAUAGAUGCUACUGAAGGAACCAUUGCUACCAAUGAAUUACUGGAUAGAGAAAGCACAGCGCAGUACAAUUUCUCUAUAAUUGCAAGUAAAGUUAGUAACCCACUAUUAACCAGCAAAGUCAACGUUAUAAUAAAUGUUCUGGAUGUCAACGAGUUUCCUCCUGAAAUUUCAGUUCCAUAUGAGACAUCUGUAUGUGAAAACGCGAAACCAGGACAGGUGAUACAGACUAUCACUGCAGCAGACAAAGAUUUGUCACCAGCUGGGCAAAGGUUUUCCUUCAGACUGUCCCCUGAGGUUUCCAACAAACCAAAUUUCACAGUCCAUGACUACAGAAACAACACAGCUGGCAUUGAAACCAGGAGAAAUGGUUACAGCAGAAGGCAGCAAGAGCUGUACUUUCUUCCAGUAAUAAUAGAAGAUAGCAGUUAUCCUGUCCAAAGCAGCACAAACACAAUGACUAUCCGUGUUUGCAGAUGUGAUUCUGAUGGUACCAUCCUGUCCUGCAAUGUGGAAGCAAUCUUCUUACCAGUAGGCCUCAGCACAGGAGCGCUGAUUGCAAUCUUGUUGUGUAUUGUUAUACUUCUAGUCAUUGUAGUACUGUAUGUAGCACUACGGAGGCAGAAGAAAAAGGACACCCUGAUGACCUCUAAAGAAGACAUCAGAGAUAAUGUUAUCCAUUAUGAUGAUGAAGGAGGUGGAGAAGAGGACACCCAGGCAUUUGACAUAGGUGCUCUGAGGAAUCCUAAAGUGAUUGAAGAUAAUAAAAUACGCAGGGACAUAAAACCAGACACCUUGCGUUUUCCACGUCAAAGACCACCAGUGGAAGAUAACACAGACAUAAGAGAUUUCAUUAAUCAAAGGCUGCAGGAAAAUGAUGUAGAUCCAGCUGCACCCCCUUAUGACUCCUUGGCAACCUAUGCUUAUGAAGGAAAUGGAUCUGUUGCGGAGUCUCUCAGCUCUAUAGACUCCCUUACUACAGAGGCAGACCAGGAUUAUGAUUAUCUGAGUGACUGGGGACCUCGCUUUAAGAUCUUGGCAGACAUGUUUGGAGAAGAAGAAAGUUAUAACCCUGACAAAGUCACUUAAGUACAACUACAAGAGUGAAAUAAAAAGAAAAGUAAACCAACAACAAAUAUAAAAGAUAAACCUAAGCUUUAUAAUAGGACAGGAUUCCUUUGAUUAUAAAGGACAGCAACUGGUUCCAGCAAGUUACUACAUUUAUCAUACUGUCAGUUUUGGUUUGAUCUGCGAAGGAAAGAUAAAUCCUGUAAUAUACACAGUUUUUUGUUGUUCUUACUUUGUUACUCUGGAAUUACACUGAGACAAGCUCAGGCCUACAAGGUACAGUUUACUGACCUGACUAAGAAAGAAGAUAGCUUUCUGGCAUCACGGUGGAAGAGUGGUAGCUUUUUCGUAAUUCCACUAAAGUGCCUAUUGAAACUUUUAUCAUUUAAGUGGUAAAGAGUCUGCUGUGAUGGUGUUACAAAACUUAAUGGUAAAUUGGACAAAACCUUUAAGACAAGAAGCAAUAGCAACAUGCUGACUUCUUUUAGAAGAAAAAUGGAGAUCACUUCCUGGAGUAUAUCUAAUGACUAAAACUAAAGGGGGGGUGUGUGUGUACAUUGUGUUUUGGGGUUAUGUUUGUUUUUUCAAAAGAAGAAAACAGUAUGUCAAGACGUCAUAUUUCUUCUUCCAAAAUUUCACUGAAAAUUUAAGUUUAAAAUGCUAUUACCCACUCUG